CAGAAACACACACACACAAGGACAGAUAUACACACACCGUACGCGUCCACCUCCUACCUAUAUAUCCCAUCCAACUGGCUUUCCCUCUCAUCUUCAUUCUCUCUCUCUCUCUCUCUCUCUCUCUCUCUAUACCAGAAUCCGUAUUCAAAACCACUCUCAUCUUCAUUCUCGUCCUUCCAAUUACAGAAAAUUCAAUUCAUCUCGUUGAAAUAAUCGCAUGGGCUCAUCAUUUUCGUCGCCGGCGGUGACCGGGAGCGCCAUAGCCCCGUCGCCGGAGCCAGGGCUGGGGGACUUGCCGGAGAGCUGCGUGGCGGAGGUGCUGGGACACCUCGAGCCGCUACAGAUCUGCCAGCUCGCAAUGUUGAACCGGGCUUUCCGGGGAGCGUCGUCGGCCGAUUCCGUUUGGGAAUCGAAGUUGCCGGUUAAUUACGAAAAUCUGAUCGGUAGAGUGUUCAAGCAGGAUGCCUCUUUCUGCAAGGGUUUGUGCAAGAGGGAUAUCUAUGCUAGGCUUUGUAGGGCCAAUUCGUUCGAUGGUGGCUCCAAGAAAGUGUGGUUGGAUAAGAGGACAGGCAACAUUUGCAUGUCGGUGUCUUCAAAUGGAUUGGCGAUAACGGGAAUCGAUGAUAGGAGAUAUUGGAGCCGUAUUCCAACUGAGGAAUCAAGGUUCUCCUCAUUCGCGUAUCUCCAGCAGAUAUGGUGGUUUGAGGUUGAUGGGGAGAUUGAGUUCCCGUUCCCAGCAGGGUCGUACAGUAUAUUCUUCAGAUUACAACUGGGACGCACCCAUAAGAGGUUUGGUCGUAGGGUUUGCAGCUCGGAGCACGUUCAUGGCUGGGAUAAAAAACCCGUCCGGUUCCAGCUUUCGACCUCAGAUGGUCAGCAAGCAACAAAACAGUGCUACCUGAAGGAGCAAGGGAGGUGGAUCCAUUACCACGCUGGUGACUUUGUCGUCUCCAGCUCGUGCAAAUCGAUGAAAGUCAAAUUUUCGAUGACUCAAAUCGAUUGCACCCACACCAAAGGUGGGCUGUGUGUAGAUUCUGUACAAAUAUUUCCUGCAGAGUUCAGAGGGAGGUUACAGCAUUUUUAAUGGCAACCGAUCUCUUGGUGGGAAAGCAACAAUCUUUGUAGAAAAAAUGAGCUGUAAAGAGCUUUCAUAAUUCAGAGUUUAGGUUUUGUAGGGGCCUUAUGGUAAUGGUAAUGAAAGUAUGCUCAAAAGAUUUAUUUUGGGAUCUUUGAUUGUAAAAUAAUAUGCACCAUUAUUGUAAAAUGGUCUUCUUUUCAUGUUAUUUGUACUAAAUUUAUACCCCACAUGUACUAGUCAAGGUGGUAAUGUUCCUGCUGUGCAUGUGGAGUUAUUGGUGCAAUUAACAUGAGGUGAGAGAUCUUGCAUUUGUAAACCAGACUUUACCAGAAAUGUUAAUGUCCAAGACCUAAUUUUCUGGAUAUCUAAGUUUAUGAUUUUUGGAUAACGUAGAUAUAUUAUAACCAUUACUUUUUGAAUAUUUUACUUGUUGAUUGAACACUUCCUGUUUUUUCUUGAGGAGAAAUGAAAAAUCUCAGUUCCCAUCA